UUUGUUCUCGUGAAUCACAUAACCACAACUCAAUAAAAGGGCAUUAAUUCAAUGCCAAGGAGGAGCGCGCUGCUCAUGCACGCAUUCGACGCUCCUCCCUUCACAAUUUAAACGCAACCAGCCCCUGGAGCUCUCGGCAGAGACAAUCCGAAUGGAUCACGAGGAACAAGCAUCAAGAUCCGACCCNCUUGAGCUCCCGCCGAGGCUCUCAGCAUCAACAUCAGCAAAGGUUGUGAACCCUAACAGAUUAACAAAUCCCUCUUGCUUCUUGAUUCGCGGGACGUCCUCUUGCUCUUUUGGGAAGGAGAGAAGAGGGAGGAAAUUCGCGUGUUCAGAGUCAGAGAAGUCGUCGUCGCCUAAUUCUUCUGCUUCUUCUUCUUCUUCUUCGUCUUCUUCUUCUUUCUCUUCGUUCAAGUCUUACUCCUCUGCGUCGGCUUCAUCGUGUUAUGUUGGUGGGGAGGAGAGCGAGGGCGAAGCAGAGGCGGAGCAGAGGAAGGUUAGGAUUUUAAGAUACAGGAAGAGGAGGAUUUCUGCUUCUCACCUUUGGGCGGGCAUAAUUGUAAGGCUGAAGCAGGCAGUAAUAGUCCCACAUCGGAAGGAGAGGGACCACAGUAUCUAAUCCAAGCGGACAAGAUCACGGUUUAUGCACGGGAAUUUUGAACUGAAUCUUCAAUCACUUGUAUGCAACUUCUUCAUCGUUGUGGAU